CUCGGCCCGGUGCAGAUGGGGGGCGCAGGUUGUGCGCGUCAGCGGCAGCUCCGGCGGGCCCUCGCUGGCCGAAUGGAGGCGCGGCCCCCACCCGCUAAGAGGUUGAAGACGGCGGCGUGGCGCAGUCAGGGAGGUAACUAUGCUACCGGCCGGAACAUGGAGCAGCAGCGGAGGGAGCUCCCCAUCUACCGGGCUCGGGCCAAGCUGAUCGGCCAGCUCCGUCACCUGGACACCGCCAUCAUCAUAGGUGAAACAGGCUCUGGGAAGACAACACAGAUUCCUCAGUAUCUUUAUGAAGCUUGCAUCGGAGGGCACGGUGUCAUCGCAAUUACACAGCCGAGGCGAGUGGCAGCGAUAUCACUUGCAGCAAGAGUCUCGGAAGAGAAGAAAACGGAACUAGGCACAUUGAUUGGAUACACUGUGCGUUUUGAAGAUCUCACGUCACACAAGAGUAAAAUUAAGUUUUUAACGGAUGGGAUGCUGCUCCGAGAGGCCAUGGUAGAUUCCCUGCUCUGCCGUUACAGUGUUGUGAUUUUGGACGAGGCCCACGAGAGGACUGUACAAACAGAUGUUCUCUUUGGCAUCGUGAAAAGUGCCCAGAGAAAACGGAAGGAACUCAAUAAAACGCCAUUGAAGGUAAUUAUCAUGUCUGCCACAAUGGAUGUAGAUCUCUUCUCACAGUACUUCAACCGAGCACCAGUUUUGUAUCUGGAGGGGAGACAGCAUUCCAUUCAGAUCUUUUACACGAAGGAGCCUCAGAAUGACUACCUCCAUGCCUCGCUGGUGUCAAUUUUUCAGAUCCAUCAGGAAGCUCCACCCUCGCACAGCAUUCUAGUCUUUUUGACGGGUCAGGAGGAAAUUGAGGCCAUGAGCAGGACAUGCAAGCAAAUUUCAAAGAACCUUCCACAAGGCUCCUGCCAGAUGUCAGUGCUUCCUCUCUAUGCAUCGCUCCCUCCCUUGCAGCAACUUCGUGUUUUUCAACAAGGACCGAAGGACCGUCGCAAAGUGAUCCUUUCAACAAAUAUAGCAGAAACAUCUGUCACAAUUCCAGGCAUCAAAUAUGUUGUGGACACAGGAAUGGUUAAAGCUAAACGUUACACCCCUGAGAGUGGACUAGAGGUUCUUGCUGUGCAGCAAGUGUCGAAAGCCCAGGCGUGGCAACGAGCCGGGCGUGCAGGAAGGCAGCACUCGGGAAUCUGCUACCGUCUCUACACAGAGGACGACUUUGAAAAAUUCCUCAACAUGACCGUCCCAGAGAUACAAAGGUGUAACCUGGCAAGUGUGGUGCUGCAGCUCCUGGCACUUAGGAUUCCCAACAUUCUCACGUUUGAUUUUAUAUCCAAACCAUCUCCAGAUGCUGUCCGAGCAGCUGUUGACCAACUUGAACAACUGGGAGCUGUGGAGCGCAAAAACAACCAGAUCAUCCUGACACCCUUGGGGAUCAAAAUGGCAGCAUUUCCUUUGGAACCCAGAUUUUCCAAGACUCUCCUGGUGUCCCCAGAAUUUCACUGCACUGAAGAAAUCUUGACUAUUGUUUCCUUGCUGUCGGUGGACAGUGUCCUGUACAAUCCUCGGGCGCAGCAGGAUGAAGUACUUUCUGCCAGGAGGAAAUUCAUCUCCAGUGAGGGAGAUCAUAUGACCCUAUUAAAUGUAUAUUACGCCUUUAAAAACACAGCAGGACAAAGGGAAUGGUGCAGAGAAAACUAUGUGAAUAGCCGAAACAUGACCAUGGUGAUGGAAGUUAGACGUCAGCUGCGGGACAUUUGUGUGAAGUUCGGAGUUCACUUGGAGUCGUCCCGUGCGGACACGAGCAAUGUCCGGCGAUGCCUGGCCCACAGUCUGUUUCUGAAUGCCGUGGAGCUUCAACUGGACGGAACUUACCUCACCCUGGAUUCCCGGCAGCCAGUGGUGAUCCACCCCUCCUCCGUCCUCUUCCACUCUAGGCCUCCUUACAUGUUGUACAACGAGCUGCUGCACACCUCCAAGUGCUACAUGCGAGAUUUGUGCGUGGUGGAUCCUGAGUGGCUUUAUGAGGCAGCCCCAGAAUACUUUAGGAGAAAGUUGAAAGGAGCAAAGACCUAGUGGAUCUAGUUGGUGCAGUGUCCGACUUCAUAUCUGUUGUAAUGAUCAGCGUUAUUGAACUUCUGCUGGUUUAGGCUGGACAACCUGCCUGUUUUUUAACCAAUUUUAUACGUUUUCCAAAUGGAAUUGUUAUAUACUGCAUUGAGCUUUUCUAAUGCAGCUUUCCAGCAUUUGAUAACAACAGCGAGGCAUAACUGAAACUUUAACGGGAGAAUGCGUUCUGCCUCAUGCUUGUGGCACUCAAUGUCCCUGCACUUUGCUCAAUGGUGAAGUCGUACAUAGAGCCUUGGCACCAGAACCUCCUUAACUGCAGAUGAAAAGGAUGUGAACAGCUGUAGCUUUUCAUUGUCUGACUGUUGAAUUGUAUGGUCUCAGGGAAGUAUGUGUGUGUGUGCGCAUGGUUGAGUCUGUGCAUGCAUAUUCAUUCCCGUGUGUCCGAGACUCUCCCCAGUGUCCUAGGGAGGAAAAACUAACUGAUCACGGGCUGGACUUGUUCGUUCUUUAAUUCUUUAUCCAGACAUUUUGUUUUCAGCUUCAUGCUUUGUUUAAUUCUGAGGAUCAUGUAUAUAUAUUUAGCAGAAUUAUGUCAGACUGGGCAAGCUGGAGUAGUUAUACUGUCCAUGCAUUAGGAGAGAGGAGCUUGGAGUCCUAUGGAGGAUUGUGAGUCCGUAGCCUGAGUGAGGCUGUAUGCAGAGUGUGCUUAAAGGCAGGCUUUCCAUGUGGGGGUAUCUCAUGUGUGUAAAAUGCUGAGUGUUCACUUAAGAGUAGAGAGCAAAGGGAGUGUGCUUCAACCUAUACUCGCCAAGUUUCUAGUUUUAAUAAUUUGGGACAGAUACCUUUUGGGGAAUCUUGCAUUUUUAGAAAUAAAAAUAUUGACAUUCUAAGUGGACCAUUCAAACCAAAACAUUUUAGGCCCACUGCAAUCAGUUGCAAUCAGUUUUUAAUAGAAUCUGUAGUAUAAUUUAAUUACCAUAAUUCACUGGUGCAUUCUCCUUGCUUACAGUCAUCUGUUUUGCAGAAGUAUUUUACCCUGAGGCUCCUCAUGUUAACAGUAUGAAGGAUUGAAGUCAGACUUUAUCCUGCGAGGUGGUAUCCGUGUAUUCAGUCAACACAGGUCAGCAAGAUUGUGUUGAAGGAUAAAUUGGAUUUCCUGUGGGAGAGGUGGGCAAGCACAACCUGAGCUCUUUUCUAAACCAGAGUGCUGCAAAAUGCAAUGGUUCACCUUCAGCAGUGGAUUUUCAACCGGUGAGAACUGGAACUGUCUAGGGGACUCCAGCUUCAACCUGUGAUGAAAGCAUUUCUUCAAACAACACGUUGAAAUUCUGUCUUCUGAGUUUGAUCUUUUUCACAUUUAAACUCCAAUGCAGAACUAUGGGGAUGCUGUACUAUCGGAGAAGCUGAUUUAGAAAGUGACAUAAAAUCUCUCUACAUCCAUUUUCUUGGCUAACACAGAAAAUUCUUGGGUUUCAGAGAGUAGCAGGGGAGGUGUGCGUGUCCAGCCCAGAUCAUUUCAUCGCUGCUUCUCCAAGCUUGUUUCCUGCAUUAGUAAUGUCAUUUACUGUAAAACGCUAGGCCAAUCUGAAUUCAAAAAUGAUGUCUUAUAAAUGUGCCUUCUUUUAGUGCAGGGUUUCAGAGCUGUGAUGAUUUGUAUGCAAACGGCUUUUCUUUAUAGGAUCACAUUUUUGCGAUGAUGGCUUCUGACAGUUGACCUUGGGUUUUUGAGUGUUUAAACCUAUUUAGAGCAUCUACAGUCAUGGCCAGAGUUUGGGCUGUAACUCGUGUGAAAUUUGUGUGGAGAUGAAUCCUUGCAGUCGUGCCAUCAAACUGUAACAGUCAUUAAGCAUUUGUUGCCAUAUGUCCCACCGCCGAACCAAGUGAUUAUAUAAAAGGUUGUGCCUUAAUGUGCCUUUAACAUGCAAGACUUCUGGUACAAGUUUAACGUUACCUAAAUAUUAAAUAUUUGGAUACAAA